AUGCUCCCGGUCGUAUCUGACGAUCUCAUCCGCCAGCACAACCGUUUGCCCGAAGACGAUAGUUCCUUCGCCCCGGAACAGAACCGGACCAUACCAGAGCAUGAACCAAGUGCGAAAAGCAAAAAGAAGAAGAGCAAGAAGAACAAGGUGGCCAGGGCUGCAACUGAAACCCCACCGGAUGAUAUGUAUGUAUCCACCGGUGAUUGCCUGGUUUCUGAUGAAUGCGUGCCAUUAACGCCAGAUUGCAUGGAUAGCAUUCAAUCAUCUGCCCCACCACCAGAGGAGCCUCUCUCCUACCCAGACCCCGAACCCCUUAUUGAACACCAUGUAAACCCAACUAUCACGUCGCCUGUUCUGGAUGUUCUCGAUUCCCUCGAUGAGCCAGCAGGUGACGAUCUCACUAGCCGCACCGAUACGUGGGCGCAAUCAGUGCCUUAUGGAAAGAGCCCUCCCGCCGAUCUUAUGGAUGGGAAUAUACCAAGUGCAUCACUGCCUAGUGCAUCGCCCCUGAAUUUUCCAACGAUCCAAGAAAGGGGUGGCUUCAGCCAUCCUUCCUCGGCAUCUCCUCAGACUCGACCUUUACCAUCUAGUUACGGUAAUGGCUACCGAAGUAGUCUCAAUUCGAGACAACAGUCUGUGGAUAGAAGAAAAAGUCACUCUUACGGGAGCCCAAUGGGCAAUCACGCGCCUCCCCCUCAUCUUCCUCAAGCACAUUUCUUCGGAGCACCAGACAUCGAUAUUCUUCCAACUCAGAAUCGAUCUUCCACCGAGGGAAACUAUUCAUUUUGUAGCUUUGAUACGCUGCCUAGCUUGUCACCUAAAGGCUCGCGGACAGGAAUGAACGUCUUGCUGGUUGGGACAGAUGGCGCCGUGCAGAUCCUCGCCAUCGAAGAUCGCCGAACUCGGCUUGUGGGACAGAUCACUGGGUUAAAUGGCCGUGUAAUCGAGGCCAAACUCUUGUCUGGUCACCCAUCUAGUGACCCCUUUGCAUCGUCCCGGCCGCAUGUGGCUGUCAUUGUUCAUGGGCCGUUGCCGCCUCAAGAGGAGGAAGGUCGAGUCUCAUCUGCAACAUCGGACGCAAAUGAAAUUCCUCCUUCGACCAUUCGCGGUCACUCUAACGACAAGCGCUCUGCUCGAGACGACAUUCAGUUCUACCAAACCCGAGUUGAAGUUUACUCUUUCCGGACCAGCGAACAUGUCUCCACCCUGUUUGCAAGCAAGCCUGUGCCUUGCCUGGAAAAUCCCCCCGGCCUCCCGUCCUUUGCACCCUCGCCUGUGGGAAAAUUGAAGCUCUUCACAACCGGUGCUUACACUAUCUUAGCAUCUGGGGUCAGCGGGGAAGUUUAUAUUUAUAGACAUGUCCUAUCCCCGGAAACAACUGCAUACCAGUGCCUGGGUAAGACAUGGACUGGGGUUCAGUCCAAAGAAACCCGGCGCUACUCGACCUCUUCAAGUUCUACAACUGAUCCAGAGGGGACUAGCACCGACUCUCCCCAUGGUUCUUCUGCCCUGGAAAGACCCAUCUUAGCUGUACAAGGAAGGUGGCUUGCAUUCGCUCCACCAUCCUCAGCCUAUAGAGGAUCGAUCCAGGGCACUGUUCCUUCGAGUUUGAUCCUCGGCAAGGUUCCGGGAAUUGAAACCCGCAGUCCUCCUGCUGUCCCCUCGGUAUCGUGUGCGACAGACGUAGGAGAAGGGGAAAGUUUCUUCGACAAAAUGGCAAGAGGCGUUGCCCAAGAACUCGUCAGAGGUGCCCGCUGGAUGGGUGAUCAGGGAAUGCAGGCCUGGAACAAUUAUUGGAACACCCAGCAAGCAGCCGGCACCUCUCCACGUCGGCCACCUCAGGGGCUGGACCCCCAAACACAGGGAUAUGGAUUAUUCCCUCCAACCCAUGCUCAAGAUACACAAACAUCAGCCACAGAACCUGACACGGUAUCCAUCAUCGACCUGAAACGAUUCGAAGACGGCACAGAUAUACGAAAUGUGUUUAUCCACCCAGUCUCGACGUUCCAGGUUCCUAAUGGUUGCAGCUUCUUGUCUCUUUCUCCUAACGGCUUGAUGUUGCUCACAGCGAGCAAGAAGGGCGAUGUGCAAUACGUGUGGGAUCUCAUGCAACUCAAGCACUGUCGGUCCAUGGCUUUUAUGGCUGAUGACCAGACCGGACAGAAUCCCAAUGUGCGCCAGAUUGCUAGAUACGCGCGGUUGACUACAUCUAGUAUCGUCGAUGUGAUUUGGACAGCGCCGGUGGGUGAUAGAUUGGCUGUAAUUACACGUAAAGGCACCGUCCACGUUUUCGAUCUACCCCGAAGCGCAUUUCAAUGGCCCCCAUUCCGCCGUGCAAAGUCUACUGCAAAUAAGCCACUGGCUAUCGACCCCAUGACAGAUGAGGUGACCAGCCAAGCUGCCGGUGGCAACCCGUUGUCAGCGGCCAUGAAGUUGGUUGGCGGUAAAACGCAGCCAUUCUUCUCCGCUGUCCGGGGUCGUGUCCCGUCCACGGGCGCUGCAUUUCCCAGUAUGAGUGGAUUUGCGUUACCUUCGGCUGCGAGCGUAAAGAGCGGGAAGGUUGUUGCCGCAGGCCUGAGCAAGUCAAUGGGCGCCGCAACUGGUACUGUCAAUACUCUGCGCCAUGUCGGUGAGAACCGUCUACACUUGCCAGGGCUAGCUCGAGACCCUGCACCUUCUCGGGUGACGUGGAUUUGCAGCAAGGGUCUCAUAUUCUUGGGUGUUGUGGAUGGCGGACACUUCAAGAUGUACCGCCUGAAGCGUGCUACAGUACCCGGCCACAAGAACCGACAGCCUCACUCCGUUAUCGGCGGUAAGGAGUCCCAAGUCAAACUCCCUGACAAUCUCCAGGGUCCUUGUGGACCGGCUCCUUUGUCUGCCUUUGAUCCAGAACUAGCAGCCCAUGCCUCUCUUAUUCUUCCUUCGGUCAGCUCUCAGCCAUCUAGUGCUGUAAGAUCCCUUUGUCAGCCUCUCUCGCAAGCUGAGAUCGAGACAAAUACCCCAUACCAGCCGUUCCACACGGACCAGCGGGUUGGUUUGAGUGUCUUCUCUUCUGGUAGCGAUGCAAGUGAGCCGAGCGGACAAUGGGUCUUUGGCAAUGAUAUCCCGCUGAUCAAAGUGCACUUGAGGUCAUUCAACAGCUCCAGCGAUGACCACGGCGAUGACGAAGAUGAGAACGCCGUCAUCCAUGGACAUUCACUUGGGGCUGGCGGAGAUAUAGAAAACCUCAUCACACUUGGAAACAGCACCGGCAAUGUGGAGGAAGUUGUUAUCACCACCCGCCGCAAGAAGAGACACUCCACUCCACUGAAAGCCGACGAUGGUUUCUUUGAAGAUGAUUGCGAGGUGCUUGACUUUGCUCGGGACCGUGUCUGA